AUGGUAAGUUGGUUUGUGAACUGCUCUGAUCUUAACUGUCAAAAAUUGAAGAUCAAAAGUCAUAUCCUUUCUGCUGCACAAGAUAGUUAUGGAUUUAUGUGUGUUUUCUUGUUUCAGAAAGGCCAACUGGGUCGUCCCGCUCCGCCACCAGGCCACGAAGCAGCCGGUAACAGUAGCCGAAAAGAUGGUCGUCCACCAAGAGAUGGUCCCUGGUAUUCGAUUCCAGGCCUUGUGCCAAACAUUGGGCCCCGACAUGGUCGAAGGGCAACAUGGGUUGCUGCUUCUGGGGACCAGACAUAUCUCAAAAUUGAUGAGAGUCUCAUUAAUUCCUUGAGCCUGACACGCUCUACGGUCAUGGCCAACAAGCAGAGUAUAAUUUUGCUCCCGACACAGAGUGAUCACAUAAGUUCCUUUAAGUGUUUAGUGAUCAACAAACGUGAUGGAAACUGUAGCAGUUUCAGUGGACCAGAUCAGGUGGACUUCUCCCAUACUGCAACUUGUCUUGAUCCACUGUACAAUGUGCUUUGGAGUUACCACCCAGGCAACCAAGAGCUCGCAUGUUACAACGUUGUAGCAAGUGAAGUACCACCUAUAGAGCACUCUGUACAGCCAAAUCUUUCUAUCUUGAGUCCCGAGCUGGCACUUCCUGUCAUUCCUCACUGCCACGUGACACGCUCUCAGGCCGCCUUGCAUCUUCUCGGUUGCCUCGACACACUCACGUGCCGUGCCCGUGAUCGUCAAACAGCAACAUUGUGUGAUGAGGCACAUGAAGGUCGCCAGGCAGGAAAAGUGUACAGCCGUGAGGACUUCUCAGCUGUGACACGCUUUGAAAGCCAUGGUGGUGGAUGGGGCUACUCCGGGCAUUCGAUUGAAGCUAUUCGGUUCAUGGCAGACACUGACAUCCUUCUUGGUGGCUAUGGACUUUUUGGUGGUCGAGGAGAGUAUACAGGAAAGAUUAAGUUAUUUGACAUUGGUGUUGAUGGAGGUGAGCAGGAAAUUGAUGGAGAGAUGUUAGCUGAGACAGAGGAAGUUCCUUAUGAAUGCGGUCCACGUCAGAAGUAUCCCAUGCUCUUUGAAGAACCCAUUCCCUUGCAGGCUAAUAGGUGGUAUGUAGCUUGGGCACGAGUGAGUGGACCAUCAAGUGACUGUGGUUCAAGCGGACAAGGGAUGGUAACAACAGAAGACCAGGUAGUUUUUUACUUUAAAUCAUCAAAAAAAUCAAACAAUGGAACAGAUGUUAAUGCAGGGCAGAUUCCACAGCUCCUGUACCGUAUUGUUACACCUGAAAAUCAAGCACCAAACCGCCAGCUGGACCAGUCAGAACCUGUAUAUAUACUGAGUAGAGAAUUCUCUCAUUCCGUGUCAAGGGAAUGCUUCCAGUCACUCCUGGCUCUUCUACAGUGGAGCUGGAAUACUUUCAAAGCUGCUGUCAUGGACAUCACUCAUUUGAAUGGCACGACAUCAGGACACCUAGCAGCCAUGCUGGAUUUAGAAAAGCUCAUGUAUAUCAGCAGGGCAACACUUAGACUUCUGCGUACAUAUACAAAUGAGAUAUACCCAAAUCAAGUUGGUUCAAAGAAACUUCAAACUGAAUCAGUUCGUUUGGCAGAAUGUAUUGGGGAUGUAAGAGCACUGUUGAGGCAGAUUCUAUCAGAUCACUUGCCUAGUUUUCACAUUCCACGAAAAAGUGGGAAAGUACGGAAUCAGAAAGGCUCAACUCCCUACAUGAAAAUGACAACGAGUAUAUUACAGGAGUGCCAUCAAACAUUUGUCUCUUGUUUUCAUGCAUUUUAUCCCACAGCUUAUUUGAAGUGGACUUCUCUGUGUGAUCUGUUAGCAAAUAUGGAUAAGGCUCCUGGAGAAAUUACAGCCAAUUUGGAUCAGUUGUUAAGUGCGGUAUUAGCUGCACUGUGUAGUCCAACUGUUCGACUGCGUUCAACAUUUCCUAUAUUAUGUGGCACCCUGGAUGCAUCUGAUGUGUCUCUCAGACGACAGCUUAGUCCCUCUGACAAUACAGGUUUACCAAUGGUUCCCAGUAUUGAUGGACACCAUUAUCCUAUACUUGUAGAACAAAUGAGCUACAGGAGUCAGCUGGAAGGCAGUUGCAUAGUAAAUAACUGGGUCUUCAGAGAUGUUCUUGACAGGUUACUGGAUUUAGUCACUAUUCCUGUAAAGCAAGCACUGUGCCAGGAGAGAGUGACUCGCUCCCAAGAACUAAUAAAGAAUUGCUGUCACCUUCUGGCACGUAUAAUUGCAGAGUUGGCAUCUCAGUCAAGUGGAACAGAUGAGGACAUACAGGGGGCAUGUGGAAGAGUUCUUCACACAUUGCCAUCUCGGUUCACCCGCACCAAUCAAAGCCGUACAUGGAACACAGGAAAUGGGUCUCCUGAUGCCAUUUGCUUUUCUGUUGACAGACCUGGUAUAGUCAUUGCAGGUGUCUGUGUUUAUGGAGGUGCUGGCACUUAUGAAUAUGAACUGGAACUUUUAGAUGAUCAAAACAGUGUUGGCAAUGAUCCAUCACAUACACAACGAUGGAACAGUCUGGAAAUGGCACGUGGAACAUUUGGUCCAGAUGAUUGUGUAGCUGAUGUAGCAGAAAUUAAGUUUGACAAACCAGUGCCCAUAAAGGAGAAUGUAAAGUAUGCAAUUCGACUGCGAAAUCAUGGAGGACGUACAAGCAAUGGUGAUGGUGGCCUAAGUUCUGUAAAAGGACCAGAUGGGACUAUAUUCAUGUUCUCUACUUGUUCCCUCAGUUUCAAUGGAACAACACAGUCAAGAGGUCAGAUCCCUCAAAUAUUAUAUUACAGCAAUCCGUUGGACAGGGAGAGUCAACAGACCAGCAAAGCUUGGGCAGAACUUCAAGCUUGCAAAUGCACACUGUCAAUGUCAGCAGCCAUAGUUCAGCGCUGUAAUGACUUGAUGGCUCUUGGCAGAGAGAGAGCUGAAGAUGUGCUUGCUACUGAAGUUCUUGGUAACGCGUGCAUUGUCACUACACUUCUGCCACUUAUGCUGGCACAUAUCAGCCCUUUAGCUACUCUUGAUCCAAGGAGUGCUGUUCAAGUGUUGAGUCUUAUCCAAGAACUGUUGCCUCAUGUCUCAGCACUUAAUCUAAUGAGUUCUGGUAUGCACCAUUCAACUGGUUCUAUAGAAAGCACAGGCCCUGAUUCACAAGGUUAUUGUCCUUCUUCAUCUAUUAAUACAACGUCACACCAUUACGCUUGGGUUGAAAGUGAGCAUCCCUACAAACCAGCUACUGUAUCCAAUUACAGAGUGUCAUUUCCAGAAUGCGUGAAGUGGCUUUGCAUUGAAUUUGACCCACAGUGUGGUACAGCACAAGUGGAGGAUUCGCUACAGUUGUUCAUUCCUAGCAUUGGCGGUGGUAGUGGUAGUGGUGGAGCUCACUUACCUGGCAGGGGCUGUAUAACUUCACCCCUCUCCCCUUCCGGAGAUGAACCUGACAAUGAGACAACGCCAGUUCCAUACUGGCCAAUUCUCCACAGAUUCAGCAGAGGCAGUGCAAAUUGGCCACAGACAGCUAUUGUGCUUCCAGGAAAUGAAGUUAUAUUUUCUUUGGAAACAGCAUCUGAUUAUGUCAAAGAUGAAAAAGCCUGUUACUAUGGAUUUCGUUGUCUAGUAAUUGGUUAUGAGUGGCAUGUUAUCCCAGGAGAUGGCCUGAAACACCUUGAAACAGAACUUGCAUUUCUAGGUGGGAUGUGUGCAGCUUCACUUAUGAAAAAAGAUUUGCUUCUGCCUCCUACUUCUGUUGAAGAAAUGAAUGAAGAUUUGGAGUCAGUGGAAGAAUUUGCUCAGCAAGUCUACAAUAGCAAUUCUACUCUACUUGGCAAAGGGUUUGCCCUUGCUAGCCCACCUACAAUUGCCCAAGCACUUGAAGGAAUUCUUCCAUUCAGAAACUAUCCUAGUCUAAAGCCAUACACUGCUAUGCUGCUCUGGCCCCAUAUCAAGAUAGGGUCUCUCAAAAGUUUUAAAUUGGUGCAGUUAAGAUAA